CCCGGAGCUGAUUUGGAAUGACGAGGCCAGAGAGAAAGUGUCGGGAGUAUAUAGUGUCUAAAAUGAACAAGGAGUUCUUCCUCAAGCAGAAGGAAGACCCCGACACUCUGUGGAGGUUGCCCGAUAAUUUUGAGGUGGUCUAUUCACAGGUACAAGGGGAGAUCAUGGUGGGCGGAGUCUUCUUAAGGAUAUUUAUAUCGCAGCCUACUUGGGUUCUGAGGAAACCAAAGGAGUUUUUGAUAUCACUACUCGACAAGUUUGGGCUGCUCUCACAGUCUGCUCAUCCUGAUGGAGAGAUCCUGGAGACAGUGACAGAGGCUUGUGUUUAUCUCUUUACUGCCCAACCAUCACUAGCGGACCAGAUAAGCUCCUAGAGUGAUGGAAGCUAGCCCCUUUUAACGAUCACCCGUGCGUGGUGGAAAG